UUGCAUAAAACUGAAGACAUUUCAGUCGAAUAGUGAAGUCGAGUCUUAUCUUUCAGAGCGCAUGUAGCUUACGCAGUAAACGCUAGGUGGCGGUAUAUUUCAGUGGCGCUCCGUCCUCUAGUAUCUCAAAGAAGACGAAGAACAAAGAAAUCCUGUAAACACUCGUGGAUCUUUAUGGUACUGGUCAGAAAGUCGCUUUAAAUAAUUGUUUAUUCUACCUUAGUACAGAAAAGUUAUUAUGUAUGGCAUGUAGUAUGAACCUGCGAAUGAGUGAAUAUUGAAUAUUUAUGACAUUGAACGAAAGAAGAAGAAAACAGUUUAACCAACGAAUAGUGUUCCCAUGAAUACAAUGUUUGACCUGAAGUGCGAAAGCUCAUCAGGUGAAGAGGAAGAGACGGAGGGAGCAGAGUCCAGUUUAACAGCACAGAUUUCCAGGUGUGCCAAUGUAUCCUCCGCGGAUUUAGACGAAUUAGAGCACAACCGGAACGAAUCCAGUACUGUAAAGCAGACAAUAUGGGCUGUGAAAUGUUUCAAAGCCUGGUUACUUGAGAAGCAGCUGACAAUCGACUUUAAAACCGUGGAGAAGUCGGAGCUGAACCCGGUGCUGCGCGAGUUUUACGGAUCUAUUCGGACGAGCAAAGGAGAGCUGUACGGCAUCAGCAGCUACGUCGGGCUUCGGGCUGGACUGAAUCGGUUCAUCAAUGACCCUCCGCUCAACCGGGUGUGGAAUCUGAUGCAGGACACCGAGUUCAGGGCGGCCAAUAAUGUUUUCAAAGGCGUCGUUAAACAGAUCCGACGCUCCGGUAGAGAUAUAACAACACAUUACCCCCCGAUUUCACCUGAGGACCAGCAUCUACUGAAGAACUCACCUGCACUGGACCCUGGCAACCCGAGAGGCUUGUUAAAUAAGGUCUGGUACGAUAUCCAGUUACAUUUCGGACUCAGGGGCAAGGAGGGCAACCGACACCUGCAGCCAGACUCGUUUUCUCUGCAUCGAGACCCAAACGGAUUUAAAUACUUCACGAUGACAUUACAGGAGGACACGAAAAACAUGCCGGAAAAGGACAAGAAACCCCGCAGGGCUAUGUAUGAAGAGCCGGGCAACCCGCGGUGCCCCGUCGCGUCUCUGGAGAAAUACCUGAGCAAGAUCCCCGCCGACGCUAAAGCGCUGUAUCUGCAGCCCAAGAGGACUUAUGUGAUCACCGAUGAGAUGUGGUAUACACCACUUCCGAUGGGAGUCAAUUAUCUGUCCCAGAUGCUGCCCAAAAUAUGCAAAGAGGCCGGCACGAGAACGAUCUACACGAACCACAGUCUGAGGCUCACUGCGAUCCAAAGACUGAGCGAGCCGAGGGAGAUCGUGGCGGUGUGUGUCAGUGUUCCAGUAGAGAUGAACACUCAGUGGCAGCAGCAGCCGGAGUCCACUCCAUACUCCCCCAGCAGUGAACUGGACUCCAGCUCCGCCAGACAGGAGAGUCCCGUGAGCAGCCACAGUUGGGUGAAACAGGAACCAGAGCCAGAAGCCGUCCAGUGGGAAAAUAAAAACUCGGAUGCUGCCACCGAUGCUGAGAAGGACAAGAAUCUGAACAGCGCUGUCACUACAUCAUUACCUUCGAUGGAGGGUUUACCCAGCAGUGUUAUGCUGACCAUCACUAAACUCCAGUGUCUGCUGGAGAGCAAACAGGAGAGGAUCGAGGCUCUGGAGAGACAGGUGCAGGACCUGCAGGAGGACCGCAGGUUCCUCCGCUCACAGAUCGAGAACCUCACUGGCGCUCGCUUGGUCGCAGUGCCUGAAGCGAGCACAUCAGUGUUCUCUCAGUCCAGGUCAAGGAAGAGGAGGCACAAGAGCUCGUCCAGCUCAUAUGCUGAAGAUGAGAGCAUCACUGAUGAAUCUUCAUCUGAAGAGUCCAGCAGCAUCAGAAAAAAAAGACGCCAUAAGAAGAAAGGAAAGAGAGGGUCUGUUCCUCAUUGUGACUAGGUCUUGAUCAGCCUUUAUCAAGAAGAAGAGCAUGAAUAGGGCUUUCUGCCCAAGUGCGUCAUUAAGGUUCACAAGUUUGGACAGUUUUUUACGAGCGUGCGUCUGGGUGCCCAGGACCUAAUUUGGGCCCUCUAUCAUGGCCUGGGCCAGCGCUCCUGGUUGAACCCUCGCUGACAACAUUCCCAACGUGGCCCUCAUCGCAGAACUGCAUCAGG